AUGGCCUCAUUAUCUGUUCAACUGACUGCCCCUAAUGGUCGCGUUUGGACCCAACCCACCGGAUUGUUCAUCAACAAUCAAUGGGUGAAGUCGUCGGACGGCGACAAGAUUGCUAGCAUCAACCCUGCGACCGCCAAGGAGAUUACAUCUGUCUACGCCGCUUCCGCAAAGGAUGUCGACACCGCUGUCAAGGCUGCGCGCGCAGCCUUGAACCACCCGAGCUGGCGAGAUCUCCCGGGAAGCGACCGGGGUAAGAUGAUGAACCGCCUUGCACAAUUGAUCGAGGAUAACCGCGAAACCCUCGCGACGAUCGAGACCUGCGACAACGGAAAGCCAUACACAGUUUCACGCGAUGACGAUUUGACCGAAACCGCCGAGACCAUUCGCUACUACAGCGGAUACGCCGAUAAAAUCUUUGGACAAGUGAUCGAUACUACGCCAAACAAGUUCGCAUAUACGGUUCGUCAGCCGGUCGGUGUGUGUGGUCAGAUCAUUCCGUGGAACUUCCCUCUAUCAAUGGCAGCUUGGAAACUUGGACCUGCUCUGGCUUGCGGUAACACUGUCGUGCUCAAGCCGGCUGAGCAGACCCCUCUUUCCAUUCUGUUCCUCGCAAACCUGAUUGUGGAAGCUGGCUUCCCUCCAGGUGUCGUGAACAUUGUCAACGGCCACGGUGCAGUUGCUGGUGCCGCAUUGGCCUCGCACAUGGAUGUUGACAAGAUUGGAUUCACCGGUAGCACCGCCACCGCCAAGCAAAUCAUGAAAAUGGCUAGUGUCAAUCUGAAGAACAUCACCCUUGAGACUGGUGGAAAGAGCCCUCUGAUUGUUUUUGACGAUGCCGAUCUCGAGCAAGCAGUUGAGUGGUCGCACAUUGGUAUUAUGUAUAACCAAGGUCAGAUCUGCACGGCCACAUCGCGUAUCUUAGUCCAGGACAAGAUUUACGAUAAGUUCCUGGCAGCCUUCAAGGCUCAAGUCAAGAAUGUCUCGAAGGUUGGUGAUCCAUUCGAGGAAACCACUUUCCAGGGUCCCCAGGUGACCCAGGCUCAAUAUGACCGCAUCAUGUCUUUCGUCGAUAUUGGCAAGUCGGAGAAGGCUACUCUUGAAUAUGGUGGCAAGCCCUUCCAGGGUGUUGGUGAAGGCAAGGGCUUUUUCGUCGAACCCACCAUCUUCACAAAUGUGAAGCCCAACAUGCGCAUCUACCAGGAAGAAGUCUUUGGUCCGUUCGUGUGUAUUGCUCGCUUCAGCACUGAGGAGGAGGCCGUUCAGAUGGCCAACGACACCACAUAUGGCCUUGGUAGCGCCGUGUUCACCACUAACCUGACCCGCGCCCAUCGCGUUGCAAAGCAAAUCGAAGCUGGUAUGGUUUGGAUCAACUCUAGCAAUGACAGUGAUUGGCGUAUUCCUUUCGGUGGUGUGAAGCAAAGUGGUAUUGGUCGGGAGCUGGGCGAGGCUGGUCUGGAUGCCUAUUCGAGUAUCAAAGCAGUGCACGUCAAUAUGAAGUCUAAGCUUUAA